CACAUAAAAGGAGAUGACGUUCGUUUAUUCAACUUGUUUUGUAUUUUUUUAUGCCAAAAAACCGAACGGAAAAUGUUUUUCAGAACCAGUGUUUUCGGAAAGAGGAUUCUACAAUAUAUUGCUGCAAUCACAGAGUACUUAGAAGCUACUCAUCGACUCCAAAAGUUAAAAGGAUACACGACAGGUUGGGUAAUGAGCGGAAAUCAGGAGCGCUGGCAUCGAUGAGUUCUGGAAUCAAUGCAAGCUGGACCUCUCCAUUCAUUUCGUAUCUGACUUCCAACUCCUCCACAAUUCCAAUGACUAGCGAUGAAGCUGGAUGGUGUGCUAUAGCUCCUGCGUUGGGAUGUGUAGUGGGACCACCUAUGGCAGCCUUACUAGUAGACAGAAUCGGCAGAAAGAAGACUGUCCUUGCACUUGCUCCCGUAGUUUUUUUCUCUCAACUUGGUAUUGGACUCAUAAGAAAUGUCUGGAUUCUUUCCCUGUUUAGGUUACUAAUUGGUGCAGCUGAUGGGGCUGGUUUCACUGCUCUACCGAUGUACAUAGGCGAAAUAUCCUCACCUGAUAUAAGGGGUUUUUUAUCAUCUUUGAUCUGUUUGUUCUUCACUUUGGGGGUUUUACUUAUCAACACGAUCGGGUGUUUCCUCAGCAUAUUUACUUGCAGUUUAAUUUGUGCCGCUAUUCCUGCCAUACAAUUUCUGGGUUUUGUUUUUAUGCCAGAAUCUCCUUAUUACUACAUCAAAGUGAAGAAAUUCCAAGAAGCAGAACAAUCUUUAAAGAAGUUCACAGGACUUGAAAACGUUGAAGAGGAAAUGAAGGUACUCUCAGAAGCGGUUCGAGAACAGGAAGAAAUGGUGAGGAAUUCCAAAUUCACCGAUCUUUUCGUGGUACCGAGAAUUCGAAAAGCUACUUUUAUAUUCAUAAUUAUAGGCUUGGCUUUGAGGGCGAGCGCAAAGGCUCCACUCCUUUCCUACACAAAAGUAAUAUUUGAUGAGUCGGGAAGCGAUAUCAGUUCUUCACUUUCUACUAUCACUUAUUACGUUGUGGAAUUUUCAGUCAUGACGUUCACAACUUAUUUUGUAGUUGAUCGGUUCGGUAAAAAAAAAUUGUCCAUUAUUUCCUUAGCUGGAUGUGCUAUUGCUUUGUUUCUGAUUGGCUUGUAUUUUUACCUGAAGGACUUUCACAACGAUAUUAUUGGCUCUUUGAAUUGGCUUCCUCUCGCGAGUCUAGUAUUGUAUAGUGUUAUGUUCAAUAUCGGGUUGGCUUUUGCUCAAGUGUGCUAUUUGAGUGAACUUUUUCCUACAAAUGUCAAAGCCAAAGCUCUCAGCUGUGCGGAAAUCUCUACUGUUAUAACGAAUGCUAUUACUGUUAAGUUAUUCCAGGUCAUGAAUGACAAACUUGGUAGCCUAUACGGUUCAUUUUUUUGUUUCUCAGCACUCAGUAUCUCUAUACUAUUUUUUGUUGUAAAAUAUGUACCAGAGACCAGAGGAAUGACUUUGGAAGAAGUUCAAUCAUAUUUGACUGACACUCAGGAAACAGACGAUAGGAAAGUGGAUGGAUCGCCUCAUUAGGAAAUAAAUGAUGUGGAAAACGUAUCGAAAGAUUAUACAUGAGUUUUGUACUGUAUUUGAAGUUUAAUAAAUUUUAUGAUGGCGUAAACUUAGGUUCACCCUUCCAGUAGUAAGGCAUUCAAUGAAUUGAAUGGGAUGUAUUUUUUUUUACCUCAAAAUGUGAUUGAAAUAAAAACCAAUAAUAAUGA